GCUUUAGGAUUGGGCCGAGCGGCUGGAAAAAGAGAAAAAGGGAAAAAAGGGAGGACUACAAACCACAACGAAAAAGGCAAAAGAGGGGAAAUUUAAAAAAAAAAAAAAAGAAAUAAAAUUUAAAAAAAGGCGUGGAAGCAGGAGCAGUGGAAAAAAUAAAAUUAAAUUAGAAUAAGUAAACGAAAAAAAGGAAAAGUAAAGCCGUCCCCAGAUAGCGCCAAGCGUGGGAGCGAGCAGGAUGGUGCACCCCGGCUGGCUCUGCCUGCUGCAGGGCUCCCUCCUCCUGCUGGCCAGAGCGCGCCAGAGCCGCGGCCCCGCCGGCGCUUGCCCGCGCCGGGGGAAGCAAAGUGAGCUGAACUCCUUCCUGUGGACCAUCAAGAGAGAUCCCCCAUCUUACUUCUUUGGCACCAUCCAUGUCCCGUACACGCGUGUCUGGGAAUUCAUCCCAGAGAACUCCAAGAAGGCCUUCCAGCAGAGCCACAUUGUGUACUUUGAGCUGGACCUCACUGAUCCAUAUACCAUCUCAGCUCUUACCAGCUGCCAGCUCCUGCCACAGGGCGAAAACCUCCAGGAUGUUCUGCCUCGUGACAUCUACCGCCGGCUUAAGCGGCACCUGGAGUACGUCAAGCUCAUGAUGCCAUCCUGGAUGACCCCAGACCAGCGGGGCAAAGGGCUGUAUGCAGACUACCUCUUCAAUGCCAUUGCUGGCAACUGGGAGCGGAAGAGGCCAGUGUGGGUGAUGCUGAUGGUGAACUCUCUGACAGAGGUAGACAUCAAGUCACGAGGUGUGCCCGUCCUGGAUCUGUACCUGGCUCAGGAAGCAGAGCGCCUGAGGAAGCAAACGGGCGCUGUGGAGAAAGUGGAAGAGCAGUGCCACCCACUCAAUGGGCUGAACUUCUCCCAGGUGGUCUUUGCUUUGAAUCAGACUCUCUUGCAGCAGGAGAGCCUCCGAGCAGGCAGUUUCCAGAUCCCCUAUACGACAGAAGACCUUAUCAAGCAUUACAACUGUGGGGACCUCAGCUCCAUCAUCUUCAGUCACGACACUUCUCAAGUCCCAAAUUUCAUUAAUGCUACACUUCCAGCCCAUGAACGUGUUACUGCCCAAGAGAUAGACAGAUACUUCCGCCAGGAGCUCAUCUACAAGCGAAAUGAGCGGAUGGGCAGGAGGGUGAAGGACCUGCUUGAAGAGUACCCAGACAAGAGUUUCUUCUUUGCAUUUGGAGCUGGUCACUUCAUGGGCAACAGCACAGUGAUUGAUGUUUUGAGGAGAGAAGGGUACGAGGUAGAACACACUCCAGCUGGACAAGCCAUCAGCAACAGAAAACCCCCCAAAACCUUGCUAGCCUUUUCACCAUCAACACCAGCACACAGACCCUAUGUCACGUCCCAGGAGCUCCCACUGCCAUUGCACCCCCGGAAGGAGGAGGAGGAAGAGUUCCUGCCUCACCUGCUUUUCCCUGAUGGCAUCGAUGUUCUGGAGAAAGUAGACAGGAAGUACAAAAAGAAAAAGAAGAAGCAACAGAAGAAGCGACAGUUUAAUGACCUUUGGGUUCCCCUUGAAGAAAGUGCUACUGACCCUCCUCCCCGGAUCCGCAUCAUCAAUGGGUACAUCACAGUCCAGCCCCGGCCCCGAGGCCACGGGCGGUCCAGCCACACUCGUGCGAACACCAGCAGCGCUCACCAGCUUUCCUGCUCUCUCUUCCUUUCUCUGAUGAGUUUGACUUUGCAUAUGAUCAGGCUGCACUGAAACACAGGGGGAUCCAAGGCUCUCGCCUUGGAAAGGAAAAAAGAAACUUAUGUGAAAAAACAGAAGACUCUGAUUGUGACACCUGUUCUUCGGGGUGUUGCUAAACUGCCUCCUUUUCCUGAAUCUGGAUCAUUAACACUAUUAACUGGUUUGACCUGCCCAAUACAGGAGAAGAUAUUUUAAUGAAAGUGUUUUUUAUCCUUCUCUUGCAGAAGAAUGAUUUCAUGUUGUCCCAUAAUGCUUUGGGGAAAUUAUAAUGUUGCUAUAACAUAGCUGUUGUUUAGCUGUAUAAGCCCAACUAAAUUAAUUUUCUUUUCGCCUUCAGUGCCUUGCAAGAAGAUUUACACACCACUAACUGAUUUAUUAGAACAUAGUAUUUUGGUCAUAUGAGGACAGCUGGGAAAGCGAGGUUGGUAUUUCAUGUCUCUACUGGUAAUGCUUGUUAGGGCUCCAGAUUACAAAUGAAGGUUAAUGACACCACCUUCUACAGUAGAAUAAAACAGUAAAGGUUUGUGAACAGAAGGUUUCUGCUGUCAGUUUGGUGCUGUUUUGAGAUGGGUACACUCAAACCGCCAAUGGCUAGACAAGUCUCCUAAAAACAAAUGAAUGUACAUUUAAGAAAAAUAAUUGCCUGGGAAUGUUCACAAUCGUACUGUUGGAUGCUUCCAGAAUAAUAAAUUCUCAAUUUGAGAAUCCCAGGUACAGGUUUUCCCUCUUUUAAAAUCACAAAUGUAUUGGUUUUGUGUAGCUGGGUUCACUUUUGGUGAGAAAGGGCUUGCCUUCAUUCUUUCAACAUGCUGUAGACUGAUGGAUGUAAGAAUCUUGGAAGUGGUGAUGUACAGUUUUCUGUGUUUGCACAGGACAUCCUCUUGUGAUCACACUGACUAAUUUUGUGAGCAACAUAUCCCUCUCUCCUCUUAGGAGGGUGUCGUUGCCUGGGAAGGUUUCAUAAGAUUGAACCAUGGGAGGGCUUGGAGCCAAUGUGCUAAGUUUGGUAGAUUGGAAACACAGCAGUCACCUGCGCCAGUGAGACAAAAAACCUUCAGGUUUCCCUUCCUAUGCCUCCUUGGCUUUACACAGCAGCCAGGCUGGUGAUGUGCUCUCUCCCCUGCCCCUCUCUGAUUGAUCUUUCACUGUUGUAAACUGUCACAUUCCGUCUGAGAACAGAGCUAUUUUCCUUGGCUUGAAUAUGACCUGAAAGGAGCAAGUCAGGUGGGGGAUAGUUUAGCUGCUAUGAUUUCAUCCAAUUAUUUUGCCUCGGUUCCAAAACAAGAGAAGCUUGAUAGAAUUGCAACAGCUCGAGAAGCCAUCCUAAUGGCUUGGUCUAUUCAGGUAUGACCCUCCUCAGAGCCUCAGAGAGUCAGGAAAGCAAGCCUUCCCAUCAUGUGCCUGGAAGACUUCACUGUCCCUAUAUCUGCCCCUCCCAAGCAACUGAGGUGGCAUUUGUUGCCUUGCAGCUGAGAUUCAGUC